AUGCCCGUGGCGCCACACAAUGCAGCCCUCCUGCCGCGAGUCAGUCCAGUGGCAAGAUACAAGUCCAUACUGACUGCAACUCCGACUCGGCGGCGCAUAGCUUAUGAGAUGCACGGGCGUACCGGGCACUUUCAGCACAUUUUAGCCGAAUCUCGGAUCGACGGCAUUCGGAUGCCCCCGGCCCAUCGGACGGCCGAGAAAGUUGGACUUGCAUACUGCUCUCAAGAAUGUGAAGCAAUCUGGAGCUUCUGUGUGAUCCACACGCUCAAGUUCUUUAGCCUUCCAGGACUGGAGGUCCCUGCUCUUGGCCCAAUAAGCUUGCCGCUUCUCCCCUACCAAGCACAGCAGCUAGCUCAAGUAUCUCCCCCAGCACCUUUCGGUCGCAGGGAAGCGACCAUUUACGACGACAGUGUCCGCAAAUGCCGGCAGCUGUCUCCGCAAGAGUUUAGGCUGGCAGGCCCGGACUGGGACUCUCAGGUUCGUCAGCUGACAGACGAGAGAGUCAAGCGGGACCUCCGCCUUCCAGACACUCUCAAAGUAGUCCCAAGCCUCUACAAGUGCCUCUUAUAUGAGGCUGGGGGCUUCUUCACGACUCAUCGCGACACUGAGAAAGAGGAAGGCAUGUUUGGGACCAUGGUUGCCCUACCCUCUGCACAUUCUGGAGGAGAGCUCGUCGUUCGCCACGCCAACCAGAAGAUUGUCAUCGAUUUCGGCAGCAUGGACCUGUAUCGUCUGCACUACGCCGCCUUCUUUGCCGACUGUCAGCACGAGCUGCGUCCAGUUCGCUCAGGGUACCGCCUGGCUCUUAUCUAUAACCUGAUUGCUCAGGGAUCUACGCGCGUUCCAUUGCCUGCUGACAACACUGAAGCCGCAGAGCAGGUUGUGAAGGCCAUAAAGACUUGGAGCAGAGAUAAGAGCGGUCCCCAGAAGCUGGUCAUCCCCUUGGCGCACCAGUACUCGAGCAAGAGCCUGACCUUCGACAGCCUCCGGGGAACGGACAUGGCCACCAUUGACGUCCUCCUACAGGCAGCCAAGGCCCCGGGUGCACCCCCGUUCCAUUGUAACUUAGGGACGCUGGAGAAGUAUGAGGAGGGUUGGGAAUACGAAAGGGGAUGGGAAAACUCAGAAUACAAACCUUAUGACAGGAUAGAAAGUACUUAUUCGAAGUUGCGCGAUCUGGUGGCUGUCGACAAGGAAAAGCACAAAUAUGACAUGCUCAACUUCAGUCGGAGAGAGCUCGUUCCAAACGACGCCCUCGACCACCGGGGCUGGGACAAGGUGCAAGCAGGGGAGGACACCGGGAACCAGGGCGUGAAACAGGACCGCUGGUACCACCAGGCAGCAGUCAUCCUCUGGCUACACAGGGAUCACUGGGAGGUGAUCAGCGCCGACAAUGCAGACACGGCCGUUAUGGAGGCGUGCUCAAUCUCCGACAGGUUGAGAGCUCGGCCCGGCACGUUCGAGCCCGUAGGGAUGCGCUCGGGCACCCUUUCGCCCCGAGAGGCGAGCACAGUCGUCGUUCUCAAGCACGGCCACGUGUCCCUCGAAGACGAAAUAUCGCGGGCGCUCAAGGCGCUGUGCCCACACUCGGAGUUGCUUUCCGAAGAUUGUGCCAGAAAGCUGGCCGAACUCAUCAUCCAACACGGUACCCAGGACCAUGCAGAGGCGUUUGUCUCAAACUAUGGCGGCCCACACGCGCCUGGCGAGCCCGUGGUGGCUCCGCUCGGGGCCCACUUCGGCUGGGGGGGCCUCCACACGCCGCUUCUAGCCGCGCUUCAACGUUCCUUCCACCCUUCCAACCUGGCACGCAGCUUCUGGCUCAUGCUAGACAUAGCACCGCCCCUUGCGAACCGCGAAGGGGCCGCUCAAGAAGAGCCCCCUCUAGCAACGAAAUACGGCACGGCCGCGGGACUCGGCCCAAAGUCUUCGACCGGGGGCGAAGAGCGCGAGGACGGAUUGGCUGCGGAAGCAAGCGACUGGGAGCAUGUCGAUGUGUGCGCGGCCGCCGUCAAUUGGUUGACUUGGCGCAUUCUCUGGCAGCGCUUCGCUGGUGAAGUGUCGGACUACGGUUACGAUCUCUCAAAAUCGGCGUCGACGACAUGA